AUGGCGGCGAUCAAGGGCCUGGGUAGGAAUAUUCCCUACUUGAGGCAACAGGCAGCUGCCUUGCUAGGCAACACCAGCACCAGUGUCAAGUUUAUCUGCGUGGUCGUGCUGUUCUCGUAUUGUCUGUCUUUCUCCGAGGAAGCGGUGCGGAUCCUGAGCGUAACGCCAGGUUAUCUGCUGCCGCCGGCCUUCUGGUUCUGGACUGCGUUCACCUUCUGUUUCCUCGAGAUACACUUCUGGGAAGUGUGUGCGGACAUCGUCACCGUCGGCCUGUGCGGCAAGUUGAUCGAGCCGCUCUGGGGCGCCGUGGAGAUGAUGACGUUCUUCGCCAUCGUCAACUUCGGCGUCGCCGUACUUUCGGCGCUCUUCUACUUGUUUCUUUACAUGUGCACCAACAAUACGGACCUGCUCUUCAACAUACAUAUACAUGGCUUGGCCGGCUACAUUGCAGGAGUUUCAGUAGCAGUAAAGCAGAUAAUGCCAGAUCAUAUUUUAGUCAAGACACCCAUUGGAAAGAUCACAAAUAGAAAUAUACCUUUAAUGAUCUGGAUUCUAGGGUUGAUAUUGUGGCUUGUAGGAUUGCUAGAAGGUACUCACCCCACUAUGUUUCUCAGUGGAUUAUUGAUAUCUUGGACAUAUUUGAGAUUUUAUCAGAAGCACAAUAAUGGUACUCGAGGAGACAUGGCAGAUAAUUUUACGUUUGCAAGUUUUUUCCCAAACGUUUUGCAACCACCGAUAGCGGUAGUAAGUAAUACCAUUCACGGAUUCUUUGUGCGUAUUGGACUUUGCCGAAAAGUGGUCAGGAGGUUUGACAUGUCCAACACGCCACCUGGUUUAGUUAUUAAUCUUCCCGGUAUAGAUCCUCACGACAGCGAACGACGUAGGCAAAUAGCACUGAAAGCACUCAGCGAGAGGCUAGGUAAGGAUAACGCGAAACCUUGGCAACAGGACAGAGCUAAGAAGCACUCUCCAGUCCCUCCCGCGGUUUCCAUACCGAUACCCGAAUCUACCACACCCAAGCCGCUCGCAUCUCCACUUAUUCCGCAAGUUAACGUCAACAUACACAAUCAUCCUACUAGCACGUGAUCACGCGAGACUGACUGAUUUCAAUAGGUUUUUAAAUAUAUCAGAAAACUUCUAAAGAGAUAUAGAGGAGUAUGAAGCAGGUUUGUAAUAUGGCUAUACUCAAUAAUGGAUCUAAAAAUUCCAAAUUGCAUAUUUUUUUUUAAUUAUGCAUGUGGAAGGAUCGUGUUGUACCUAUGGUUUAAAUUGGAUUCAAGUAUAGUUUUAUGCCGAGUAUAGUCGGUUAUAAUGAAUAAUAAUGUCUCAUUAUAAUGAAUGAACUGUCUCGUGGAAAUUGAUAUUAUACCGUGAAUAUAUAUAAUUGCAUUCCGUCAUGUUGAUACGUGUCCUAAACACUUUGUGACGCGUCCAUUUGAUGUCAAAACACUACACUUGUGACAGGAUUCAGAGAUUUCGUUGACGGUACUUAUUUGUACUGUGCAGAUAUUUAUAUUAAGAAAUAGUAGAAUACCGCGUAGAAAAUUAUACAUCAAGUUUAAUAUUUUUUGACAUUUAUGAGAAUCAGAAAUGAAAGAAAACCCCAGCGUCGUUGUAAAUUGCCAAUAACUAUUACUUUUACGUGAGCUGUAAACUUAUAAUCUUUCAUAUAAUUUCUACGCCGUGAGAGUCUAUCGUAACUCCGUAAUUGAUGAAAUAUCAUACAAGAAUCUUUAUAAAGAUAUUGAUAUACUGCCAUUUAAAGAAAAUCAAAUUAUCUGCGUAGCGAAAAAAUAAUGAUUCUCUAUCUUGACGCAUUUUAUUUCGAUAUAGUACUUAUUUUUCUAUAUACUGUUGAUUAAGCUCGUUUUUGUUGUCGUUUUGUGUAACUGCUUCGAAUUUCACAGAAUACUCCUUAUUGAUUAUUAUGCCAUAUUCAUGCCAGUUUACAAUAAUGAUCUUUAGAAGAUUUUUGAGAGUAUGGAAAAUGUAAGAUCAAUCUUUCCAUCUUGUGAUGCUACUUUCCAAUAAACGAAAAGAUGUUCUUUGUUACAUAAAGAUUAUUUAAAAGUCAGCGAGAGAAUGAUGCAAGGAUUUUAAUAUUUACAUGAAGAGACGACCUCAUAGGUCAAUAGUGUUACACGAUUAGAGCGCACUGUUUCAUCAAAAAGUCCGAUGGCAAUUUAAUAAUAACGUAUAGUAAAUAGAUGCUUUCUGCGCAAAUGUAAUCCAGUUAGGGUAAAAUUGAAAUUGAAGAAAGUGAACAAAAUUUCAAUAUUUUACUUUAUAGGAAAUUUUGUACUAUUAAAAAUGUAUAAUACAAUAUCCCGCUACUGAUUUACAUGUAUAUGUUGAAAUCGGCUAGCUGUGAAACAAGUUCUACGUUCGCAUCUCAACUUAAACAUAUAUAUUUUUUCAACGCGUAACACGUUUGAAAUCAUAAUCAUCACAACGUAGUUUAUAACAUUUAUUUACUAUACUGUAGAAGUUCUAUUUUUUAUUGGAGUUUCUAACGUUCUAUAUCAUGUAUAAAAAUUUUGAUUUUGAUAGCGUAAUUCUUAAUUUGUUAAUUAUUAAAUUAAUAUUACAGAAUGCAAUAUAAAAUGAAAUUAUUAGUUUUGUAAUAGUAGUUACUAAUAAUUUCAUCUUAUACCAAUGUAUAUUUAAUGUUAUGAAGUGCAUAGCACAUUUCUUUUUCAUUUAUAAAUAUACAUUCAUACAUAAACAUAAAUGGGAGUAUAUGGAACAUAGUUUGACUAAUAAUAAUAAUAACGAAUAGUAAGGUGUACUGUACAUAAAACUCCACAAUUACACAGACAAGUUUGUAAAUAUAAUAAAGAUUGAUGUAAAACGUAAAGGGAACAAAGAUAUUAUAAAAAAAUGAACAGUGUGGUUAUAUAUAGCGAUAUGUAUAUGAUGGGAUAAAAUGGAAAAAAUUGAUACUAUUUUUAUGUAUGACGUAAUAAAAUUCUCGAAAUAUA